GACAGCUGGGAUCGCUGCGCUCCGCUCCAGUCUGGUAAGAAGCUUCUUCUCCAAAUAGGAUGACCGUCGGCUUUUGUGGAAGGGACUGCAUUCAGCUCCGUAGCUAGUUCUGGGACACCCGUUUCGUUCAGUUUACCUGAGGGGAGUUUAAGAGCCAACACGUCGUUUUUUCUUCUCUAGUGUGGAUUUCCGAUGGAUAUUCCGAUUUGAAGAGGUGUGAUUUCAUUGAUUUGAGCGCGGCAUGUAACAAAAAGAAGCGCACGAGAAAAGUAGCGCUCGCAUUGUUAUUCUGAAACGAGCAACCUCUGAUCUGCUCUGAGAGACAUACCACAUGGAUUACUAAAAGACAGAGCUGUAAUACCAUUCCAAGGCAUACCCAUUCAUGAGCUGAAGGCUGAAGUCAAUCUGUAGCAGAGGACCAGCAGCAGCAGCAGCAACAGCAGCAGCAGUGUUGGUGCGAUCAUGAGGUCAGAGGCCUUGUUACUCUACUUCACGCUCCUGCAAAUAGCCGGGGCGGGCUUCCCCGAAGACAGCGAGCCUAUUAGCAUCUCACACGGCAACUACACAACACAGUACCCAGUGUUUGUAGGCCACAAACCUGGCAGGAACAACACACAGCGGCACAAACUGGACAUCCAGCUCAUCAUGAUCAUGAACAAGACGUUAUACAUCGCUGCCAGGGAUCAUAUAUACACAGUGGACACAGACACUGCCAACAGUGACGAGAUCUUAUUCAGUAAGAAAUUGACAUGGAAGUCCAAACAGGCAGAUGUGGACACUUGCAGAAUGAAAGGGAAACAUAAGGAUGAGUGUCACAAUUUCAUUAAAGUCCUCUUACAGCAAAAUGAUGACACCUUGUUUGUUUGCGGAACAAAUGCUUUCAAUCCGUGCUGUCGAACCUACAAGAUGGACACCCUAGAGGCUGUGGGAGAGGAUAUCAGUGGGAUGGCACGUUGCCCGUAUGACGCCAAGCACGCCAAUGUUGCCCUCUUUGCUGAUGGCAAGCUGUACUCGGCCACUGUAACAGACUUUUUAGCGAUUGAUGCGGUCAUCUAUCGUAGCCUUGGAGACAGCCCAACUCUGCGCACUGUCAAACAUGACUCCAAAUGGCUGAAAGAGCCCUACUUUGUCCAGGCAGUCGAUUACGGGGACUUUAUCUACUUCUUCUUUCGGGAAAUUGCUAUGGAGUACAACACAAUGGGAAAGGUGGUGUUUCCUCGGGUGGCCAGGGUUUGUAAGAUCGACCAAGGCGGCUCACCCCGGGUCCUAGAGAAGCAGUGGACCUCAUUCCUCAAGUCUCGCCUGAACUGCUCCAUUCCCGGUGACUCCCACUUCUACUUCAACAUCCUGCAAGCUGUGACAGAUGUCAUCCACAUCAACGGGAGGGACGUAGUGAUGGCAACCUUCUCCACUCCUUACAACAGGUACCCUGAGGAACAGGAAACGCCUGGCACAUGUGCCGGCACUCCAUCCAUGGAGAAGUACAAGGUAUCCAAUGAGUUCCCGGACGACAUACUCAACUUCAUCAAGAUGCAUCCUCUGAUGGACGAGGCUGUUCCAUCCAUAGCCAACAGGCCCUGGUUCCUCAAGACCAUGGUCCGGUAUCGUUUGACGCACAUUGUGGCGGACAAUGAGGCGGGUCCCUAUAAGAACCAUACGGUGGUCUUCCUGGGAUCUGAGAAAGGCAUCAUUGUCAAGUUCUUGGCCAAUAUGAACAGCGGUUUCCUCAAUGAUAGCCUUUUUCUGGAGGAGCUCAACGUCUACAACCCUGACAAGUGCAGUAUAGAUGGUGUGGAUGACAAGCGCAUCAUAGGCAUGCAUAUAGACAGCAAAAGUCACGCUUUGUGGGUUGCUUUUUCCUCCUGUGUGGUUAAAGUGCCGCUGUCUCGCUGUGAAAGACAUGGAAGAUGCAAGAAGUUUUGUAUAGCCGCCAGAGACCCAUACUGUGGUUGGGUGUCAGAAGGAGCCUGCAAACAGGUGGUUGGCAACACCAAAUCAGCCUUUGAGCAGGACGUGGAGCAUGGUAACACAGAUGGCCUGGGAGACUGCCAAAACACUUUUGUGGCGCUGAAUGACAUUCCCUCCAGUUACAAAGGCCACCAUCACCGCCACCAUCACCACACCCUCUCACUCCCCACCUCGGCCCUACCCGAGGCCGCCGAGGGCCCCCUGGGGCGGGGCCGCAUGGUGGAGCGGAAGGACCCCCCCAUGAGCUCAGACAAAGGGGAGGACCCCUAUGUAGCCGUGCCCUCUCAGACUCAGCCUGAAGUCAAUGGUGUGAUCCGUGAGAGUUACCAGAAGGGUCGUGACCAACUAGUUCCUGUGACCUUGUUGGCCAUCGCUGUCAUCCUAGCCUUUGCCAUGGGCGCCAUCUUCUCUGGCAUCAUUGUCUACUGUGUCUGUGAUCACCGGCGGCGAGACAUAGACCUGACAGGCAGCAAGGAAAAGGACAGCCACCACCUCCACUCCCGCCGAGGUUCCAUGAACAGCGUGACCAAGCUGACGGGCUUGUUUGAGACACAGGCCAAAGACGGUAGACCCGAGGCAAUCCUCACCCCUUUGAUGCACAAUGGGAGACUGACACCAAAUGGGAAGAUGCUGAUAAAAGCAGACCAGCACCACCUGGACCUCACUGCUCUGCCAACGCCUGAAUCCACCCCCAUGCAGCCGCGUCGUAAGCCGAGCCGGGGAAGCCGGGAGUGGGAGAGGAACCAGAACCUAAUCAACGCUUGCACCAAGGACAUGCCACCAAUGGGCUCCCCUGUUAUCUCUACAGACCUGCCCCUGAGGGCCUCUCCGGGGCACAUCCCCAGCGUGGUAGUCCUGCCUUUGCCCCAGCAUCAGCACCAGCUCCAGCCUCACCUGCAGCAGCACCAGCAGUCCUACCAGCAUGAGUAUGUGGAGCAGUCCCACCAUAGUGACAUCAGCAUGGGCCACAGUGUUAUGGACGACCAGGGAGCCACCCUGGAGUACAAGACAGUCAAGAGCCCCUGUCACAACCUCAACAUGGUAGAUCCAGAUGGGGUGCUGCCACCACGUGUGCCCCAACGAGAGGCUUCUCUCACCGUCCCUCCGGCUGUCCCACAGAUGGGCAAACGCUUGGAGGUCCACUCUUCAGUUUACGGACUACGUAAAGGAUCUGCAUCCGGAGCUUCCGGAUCGUCCGUUCUCAAGAGGCACAACACCAACUCAUCUAACUCCUCCCAUUUGGCGAGACAUCACAGCUUUAACCGCAUGGAGACACCACCCCCUGCACCUCAGAGGGUGGACUCCAUACAAAUGACAGCACAGGGCAUAUCUCUGUCACGGCAGCCUGGAAUGAGCUCCUACGGUUCACUGCCUCGAACGGGCUUCAAAUAUCUCAAGCCUGAUGUCCCCCCAAAACCCUCCGUAGUCUCACUCUCAACAAAAGUCAAGUCCAGUGACUCCUGCACAUAGUCCGCUAGUUAUCCAGUCAGUCCACUGUGAACGGACAGUAGUAAAAGUUUUUUUCUGAAAGAGAGAAAAAACAGGGAAUACUGUACAACUUGCAUCUCUUUUUAGUGUUUUUGUUUAUUUGUUUUUGGUGUACAGUAGAGUGAAAAAUGAAACAGUUUUGUAAGAAAACACUUUCUUUUUAUAUAAAUAUGUAAAUAUUAUACAAAUGGUUGUUGUCAUUUGUUGCCGUCAUUGAGCUCAUGCUCUGGCUGGCUCCCAGUUCCUCUGUAAACACACAUGGGAACAUGUGCUACUGAAACAGAAGAAGAUAAUGCUUGUCCUGAAUAUUUCAUCCAACUGCACCCUGUAGCAUCCAAGACGAUGGCUCUCUUGUUUGUGGUGUCUUUGGCCACCCGGACUUGACUUGAUACUUUAUCACGCUGGUGAAAAGCACACAAGAAGACAGCACAGGGGGUUUGGAGAAUAAUCGUUGUACAGUAUCUUGAGGACUGGCCAAUCUGCACUCAGAGAGACUGAACUUGGACUGAAAGGACAGAUGACUGUUCUGAGUUCUGUCAGAAACUGUGAAAAAGCCUCUCAGUGUUACAGCAAUCAAGUCCUGCCUGGGUUUGACUGAAAGCCUGGGCCAGAAGAAUCUUCUACUGUACUGGUUACUGAAUAACACAUGACUGUUAAUACUAAUAGUUUGUUGUAUUUAUUUUUAUUAAGUGCUUUUGAAAAAAUACUGACUUUCUAGGCUUGGCUUGGAGAGAGAGAGAGAGAGAGAGAGAGAGAGAGAAAGAGGCAGGACAGAGAAGAUAUCUUUUAAUAUUAAUUAAACAAGUGUGAGAAAAAAACAUAUUUAAAGUCAUUAAACUGGAGCCUGUAGAACUUUCUUGAUGACUGAAGGUCCCCUAUGUCUUUCUGUGUGCUCAGUGGGACCUGCAGCUUGAGAUAUAUGUGACCUCUGUGAAGAGGAGGAUAUAUUUAUUUAAACUGUGCCAGAUAGGGACUUUUACCUUCAUGGACCAGAAUUUCCAUUGUUUUUGAGCAAUCAUAAAAAAUACUUUUUGAAUCUCACCCUUUCACUCCUCCAAUGAACAUCCCCCAACCUACCCCACGGCCCCAAUCAGCACUGUGGUUUUGUGGGAGUCAGUUACAUUUGUCCUGAUUGGUUGCUGGCUUACCGGUGCCAUCAAAGCUCAGUGUUGCAUGUUGCAAAUAUAAGAAAAGCCGCUGCAGCAACAGAACGGGAAUCUGCAUUACACACACAGAAAGAAGCUGCAAGUGAAGCUGCAAGCAAACAGAGCGAUGCCUCCAUCUAGAACGCAUCGUCUUUUAAUAGCAGCGUCACGCAAAUUAGCAGGUGAAAAAGGAAACUACAAAAACAUCUGUAUCGCCUGCUUCUUUUUCCACAUGUAAAUUUGUGCCUUACACCCUAAAGUAGUGACAAUGUUUUUAAUAGCUGUUAACUUUGUCUCCUUGUAGUAUUUUUUUUAUUUUUCUUACGUCAUCAUAUUUCCCUGGUUUGAUAAAAAUGCAAUUAAAGAAUGUAGGUGUUAUUGUUGUAAUUCUGGUCCCUAGACAUAACACACUUAUAAUCCAGAGGAAAGAGAAAAGGAGGAUUUCCUUUUCUUUUUUCACUCUUUCUCUCUCACACACGCCCACAUACACAUGCACACACACACACACACACACACACACACAUACACAAACAUCUUUGUGGUUCAUUUCUGAUUGUGCCAUGAGCUUAAAGCAACCCUUUAUGUUGUGCUGGCAGUGUCGAUGUAGACAUUGUGAGUGUUUUUGAUUUUAUAUUUUAUACAAUUUUAAAGUCCUGGUAUUUGUUUUUACUUGUUUGCUGUCUGUUGGUUUGGAGUGAUGGUUGGUUGACUGAUUAACUGAACAAUUAACAUUUGUUACUUGAGAAGGCCAGUGUAUGGGUGUCUUGCACUGCAACACUAGCAAACACAGUGUGAGGUACACAUAAGCACCCGGUGUACUAACACAGUUCUAGGCUUCUUGUGUGCAUCCUAACACUCAGCUGUUAGGCAGUUGCAUAAACAGGCUGGUUCCUGUGAAGAACUUUGACAUUUUAAAACAACAAUAUUAAAAAAGUACCUUAUUUAACCCCCUUUUUGUAAGAGAAAACACAGUUUGAGGAAGUGUAGUUUUUAUUUUGCUUCAAUAACUCUCAUUAUCAAAGCCUUAUGAAUGGCUGAGAGUUUGACUAAUCUCACCUUUUUCUGUUUUCACUUCCUUUUUACUUGAGGAUUUCUAUUGAUCACCUCUGACCCCAACACUUAAAUCAAAGGAGCACUCUCUUAGUGUUGUAUGUGUAGAUAGGUAAAGGUUUUCUUGAUAUCAAGCAAUCUUCUGUUUCUCAAUGGAGGAAAGCCAACUAUGUCUCAAUCCCCAGCUAACGUGAGAAGGAACGUUUAGGAUCUGUGACCUGACUAACACAUGUACAUAUACUCUUGCAGGGUUUGGAUGCAAAUGACAGGGUCAUGGGCAACAGAUUGGGUAAAAGCUAGAACCGGGAGGAGGGUAUCCCUAUGGAAACAUAUUCUGGGGGUCAGUUGAGACAGUUAUCCCAGGGAUUACUUACAGCUAUGAUCUUCAAAGUGCAAAUGACCCAUGAUUAGUAGGAAGGGGUGUGUUUACUCCAGAAUACCACUGCAUUGUAGACUGGUUACUGGGCACUAAAAGGCCCUAUUUACACCUUCCAGUGUAUUGAGGUGUGCAUGACCAAGCAACUUUCCCAGGCCUGAAAUAAUGCUAUAUAUUUCUUGCCUAGAAAUUUUCAGUUGUGGUGGCUGUCACCUCGGAGAACUGCUGUGUCCGCACAGAAUGUGAACAAGAAAAUCUAGGUUCAAAAGGUUAAAUCCCACAUCCUGUGUAGCCACAUAAAUGUAGCUGUGGGUCCAUUAAAGAUUCUGUAAAAUCAACCGUUUGAUGUCAGUGGGGUUUGAAUAUUUUCAAGACUGGACUGGGAUUGACUGUGAAGGCUGCUGUGAACAGUGAGGUUCUUUGGUGUGUGCCUUUUUUGUCUUUCACCCUUGUUAUAAUACACUGCUGUUAGAUGCAAAUCAACUCUCUUCUCAACUUCACAACCUUUUGAACUUUGUAAGCUUGUAAGAUAUUGUGACGUCACAGUUUUUUGCCCUACUCUCUCCACUUCCUUAACAUCUGAUUCACAGCUUAAUGUAUGUUGUAAAGAAAAAACUCUUUAAUUUAAUGCAAAAUGUAAUAAAAAAAAUAA